AUGGACCACCAACUCCUCUUCAUCUACCUUUUUCUCUUGCUUUCUGUUAUAAUAUCUGCUGCAGGGGCUUAUGUAGAUGCUAAUCGCUCCAUGAAACUUUUUGUGUUUGGGGACUCGUAUGUUGAUACCGGGAAUAGGAAUUUCACAGCUAGUUCAUGGAAAGAACCGUAUGGAAUUACUGAUCCUGGUAGACCUGCUGGUCACUUCUCUGACGGCCAAGUCUUCACUGAAUACAUAGCUUCACGGAUGGGCAUAAAGUCUCCUACACCAUAUAGAUUUAGAAAAAUAAGACCCAUAAAAUAUGGAAUGAAUUUUGCUUAUGGAGGGACAGGCGUCUUCGACACACUGGUUGCUGCACCAAACAUGACAAAACAAAUCGAUUUGUUUGAACAACUCCUUCAAGAGAAAAUCUAUACCACAGAUGACCUUAAGUUCUCCACUGCUCUGGUAUCCGCUUCUGGCAAUGAUUAUGGCAUCUACCUUGCUAGAGGUGGAAGUCUUGAGGGUUUGCCAGCCUUCAUUGUAUCUGUUGUUAACCAGAUUGGCUUGGAUCUACAACGUAUUCAUGAUUUGGGAGUGCCGAGAGUAGCCAUUAUGGGAAUACAGCCUCUUGGAUGUUUGCCUCAAUUUACAAAGGAAUACUCAUACGAGAUAUGUAAUUCAACAGGAAACUUGGUUGCACUGUUUCACAACCUAUUACUAACAACUAUGGUAGAGGAGCUGAAGCCUGAAUCUAAAUUUGUGGUGCUUCAUAUGUACGAUGCAUUCAUAUCUGCAAUGAAGAAAUUUGAAAACGAAACAGAAACUUCAAAGUCGAAGAAUCCAUUGAGGCCAUGUUGCACAGGUAUAACAAGCGAAUACAGGUGUGGGGACGUAAAGAACGGGGAGAAGAAAUACAAUGUAUGCAGGGUUCCGAAGUUGGCAUUCUUUUGGGAUUCGUUUCACCCUACACAAGCGGGCUGGGAUGCAGUUGUGUCAGAGCUAGGAUCUUCUAUCGGCCUAAAGGCCAGGUUCAUGGCUGGGAGUAAUGAAGUCAACCUCAGUGAGUCCAAGGUUCUGUUUGGGGUUGUGAUACCAGAUAUGGAUUUGUUGAUGGUUUUGUUUGGGGAUUUUGAUCGGAUUCUGAAGAUCAAAUUUGGACUUGCUGAUGGGUUUGUUCUAUUCUGGGAAGAAGUUCACCGCUUUUGGCCUGUAUUGUCUGACUUGAAUUCUAAAAUUUCUGACUUUUCUCCUGUUCUUGUAUAUACUGCGGGUGGUUCCACUAAAUACAUGGAUUCUAAUAUCCAAUUUCAAGCUGGCUUACGAUCUUCUGCGCCGUCCUGA